GCACGCUGAGACCUCAAAGGGGAAGAAGCGGUCGGUCGUUAGGAGAAAGGGAAGCAGCGCUGAUGAGUGUCUCCGUUGUACUGAGCAGUGCGAGGCGAUGAUGUGUUAGCUUUAAAAAGCGGGAAGGCGACUCUCUCUCUCUCUCUCUCUCUCUCUCUCUCUCGAGCGCUAACAGGAGGUGAAAGGAAGAGGAGGGCGGGGGACGCUUCUCUCUCUCUCUCUCUCUCUCUCUCUCUCCCUCUCUCCAGUAUGACAGAGCCCGUUCUCAGUCGCUUAGCUGGAGCGCCGCUUCGGAGAAAGGAGAGAACAUCAGCACCUUAAACUCUACCAAUAAAUAAUCAAACAAAUAAAGAAAUACCCAAAAUAUAGAAGAGUGUUGUGUACUUGGGUCGCUCGAGGAAUUAAGGAUCAUGGAUCAACUAACCUGCUGUUAGUAAACCCUGAAAAAAGGUGGGAGAGCAGCGAUGUUGGAUUGCGAAUCCCGGCACUUGUGGAUUGUCUUCUUCAUCCUGCGAGCGCAGGUUCUUCUAGCUGCUGGAACUUUUGAACUGCAGAUCAAGCAGCUUCAACACUCAAAUGGACUCCUUUGGUAUAAGGAUUGCUGUGAUGCCCGGGUGGCACCUGGAAGCCACUGUAACAAGGGACAUCCGUGUGACACCUUCUUCCGAUUGUGUCUCAAGGAAUAUCAGAAGCGUGUCUCUCUGUCAGGACCCUGCAUUUUUGGAACAGGAGCUACACCUGUCAUCAGAGGCAGCCAUUUCUCCUCAAGUCACCAACACAAUGAUGAGCGCAGUGCGAGGAUUGAGAUUCCCUUUCAGCAUGCUUGGCCGCGAUCCUAUUCCUUGGUUUUAGAAAUCUUGGGCUACGGUAACAGAACAGCAAGGCAAGGUGAGGAGCAGCUGAUUGAGCAAGUCCUGUACUCUGGGAUGUUAAAUCCCGGAGAUCAGUGGCAGCCCCUGAGUCAUCACAGUCGGGUGGCCAGCGUGGACUAUAAAGUGCGGUUCCGCUGCUCGGAGAACUACUUUGGGUCAGCCUGUAACAAGUUCUGCCGGGCCAGGGAUGACUUCUUUGGCCACCAUAACUGCGACCCCAGUGGGAACAAGGUGUGCAUGGAAGGCUGGACGGGCCCAGAGUGCCGGCAAGCCAUUUGUAAGCCUACCUGCCACCUGGUCCAUGGUUAUUGUGAAUUGCCUGGAGAAUGCAGGUGUCACUAUGGCUGGCAGGGUCCUUACUGCGAUCGUUGUGUCCCUUACCCAGGCUGCGUCCAUGGCUCCUGCUCAGAACCCUGGAAGUGUAUGUGUGACACAAACUGGGGUGGGCUGCUCUGUGAUAAAGACUUGAACUACUGUGGCAACCACCAGCCAUGCCUUAAUGGGGGCACCUGUGCCAACGCAGAACCCAACGAAUACCAAUGCAUCUGUAAGGAAGGCUUCCGGGGCAAAGACUGUGAAAUAGCGGAGCAUGCCUGCUUGUCCAGCCCCUGUGCUAACGGGGGACGCUGCCUGGAAGUCGCCACUGGCUUUCAGUGUGAAUGUAAUGAAGACUGGACGGGGCCCACGUGUACGGAAGGUAAGAAUUUUUUCCAAAGCAUCAAAUCACCUGUCAGCUUUUCUUCUUCUCUUUGCAUUCCUCAUACCAAGUCCAUUUGCAGAGGGAUGUGCUCACCUGGAGAGAUAUGUGAGGAGACCAUAAAUGGCUACAGAUGUCGAUGCCUACCCGAGUUCACAGGAAAGAGCUGCCAUGUCAAGUUCGGUGCCUGCGUCAGCGCCCCUUGUCUCAAUGGUGGCCACUGUGUGGAUCUGGAAGUGGGAUACCUGUGCCACUGUCUGGAGGGCUUCUCUGGAAGUUACUGUGAGGUGGUAGUAGACUUGUGCUCUUCUAGCUCCUGCCAGCAAGGUGCUCCUUGCGAGAUUCCAGAUGGUGGCUACGGAUGUACGUGUCCCGAGGGAUCGAGUGAAAAGAACUGUAAGAAUGACUCUUGCCACAUGUCCUCGUGUUCAGGCUUUGGCUCUCCAUUCUACUUGACCAUUUUACUUCUUCCAGUCCUGGCAGUUUUCUGCUGUGUCCUUUCCAUCGUCCUGUUGGCUCGCCAUCGACGUCAAGCUAAAGGUUCCCGCCAGGUGCCUGUGGUGAAAAGUUUUAACAACCAGCGUGAGUCGAUCAACUUGAUUCGUAAUUUGCCUGGGGCGGAGAGCAGAGCGCCCUGCAAGCCUGAAGAAAUCGAACUGAGUCUACCCUCAUCUACAGCCACCGUGACUCCAAUCAUCUUUGCUGAGAAAAACCAUUCGUCGCAGGAAGGAGACACUGAAGGUCGAAAGCCCCUCAUCCUGGGAAAGUUAGACAUCUCCAACCAUGAGAGAGAGAAGCUAAACCUCUUCAAGUUUUCAGAUCAGCAAGAACUGGAGGUAUGAUUGCUACGACAGCAUUUGGAGGACUUGAGAGCUAAUUGAGACCCGAGAGCUAAUGUUGUAGAGACGAUGGCCUCAAAUCUUCUCCACACAGUAAAACAGCCGGCUUGAUCCUGCAAAGCAGAGACUGCUGUCGAGGGAGCAGACAAAAGUGUUUUCUGGAUCUGAAAGGCUUUUGGAAAGGGAAACAGAAGCUGUUUAUGGGGGCGCUCCCCUCACCAUAAUAGUCUGUGAUCACUUGCUCCAGGAGGUCUGAUAUCGACUGCAAAAAUGUACGAACAUCUUUAAGCAAAACUUAUUGUAAGGGGAUGUCACGUAGUUGACGUUUGGCAGAGGAGCUCGGGAGGUGGGUCUCUAUCCUUGGUUCUUCACCAAGCAAGGCAAGGGUGCCGUGGAACAGUUGCUGCUUAAUCAUCGUUGAACUGCUGGUGUUUUAACUCCUAACAAUGGCUGGCCAGGGAAACAUAAAGGCAAUAGUGUCAUUUCUUCUGACUUGGGUUGCAAAGACAUACAAAUUAUAAGAUCAGCAUUUAAAAAGCCACUAGUGAUGCAAUUUAAGCCUUAGCAAUAGCAGUGAUUAGAAAUUUGUUUGAAAGAAUGAAACAUUUGGAGGGAAGGACACGAUUAAUAGAUUCUUUUUUAAGAUAUGAGCACUGUGGACUAAUUAUUUCAUAAAUAAAACACACUACAAGAGGGGGAUAAAUAUCAGAUUUCUAAGGCUUCUCGACUCUUCUUCAUUCCCUAUAAUUACAUUAAUUCUUUAGUUUAUAUUCAGGUGAUCAGUUGUUCAUUACAGUUAAAUUCUUUUAUUAAAUUGUUGUCCAAUCCUCCAAAUGUCUGGUGGCUGACACCACUACUGCCCACUUCUUUGGACACAUAUUAAAGGAAUGUCCAGCCAAAAAUGAAUUGUUUUAUAUGUUACUUAUCCCCGUAAUGACCUAAAGCAAUCUUUUUGGUGUCGUGACCCACUUUUUCCCAUGAAAUGGUCUGCAUGAUCCAUCGGUGAGGUGGUCCUCCUUGGCGACUUGAGCACAAUAGCCUGUCCUCUUGACUCAGUUGUUGAGAAAUACUGACCUAAAGAAUUCCCAAACACAGAGUUCCAAACAAUGCCCACUAUAGCAGGAACCAUCACAACCCUGGCUAGCUAUGAAAAGGGCAAACGGUCAGGUUAGGUCAGAUUGGGGAGCAUGCACUGGUACAGCUUGUUGGCGCACCCACCGCAUGAAGAAACAGCUCGGGAUCCUGGUUGGCAACCCUCCAGGCAGACAUGCGGUCCAGUCCCACUCUCCAGAUAUGACCCUCUAUCUGAUGCAGCUAGGUGUUACAUGGGUGUCCCCUUGACUUGGUCCGGCCACUCAGGUCCUCAACAAUGAGGAUCCUACAAGUUGGAUCACCCUCACUGAAUUGCGUCACAUGGCCGCGACGCUCCCUCAAACUUCAAGCAAUGUGCCUCAUUUGAGACUCCAUGAGUCAUUUGACACAACCAGUCAAACCAGUAAUACCCAAGGACUCUCAGGAGAGACACAAAGCAGUCCAGUCUUCGUCUCAGGUCACUGGAUAGCGCCCAUGUCUCACAACCAUAUAGCAAGACAGGAAGCACUAGGACUCUAAAAACUUGGACCUUCGUCCUUUUGCAAAGAUAUCAGGAGUGCCACACACUUCUUUCUAUCAAUCUCAUGACAAACCAUUCUCUCCCAAUCUGUCUACUGACUUCAUAGGAAGAAUCAGCAGAGAGAUGAAUGUCGCUCCUUAGGUAAGUAAACCUCUCGACGAGGUCGACACUCUCUCCACAGACAGACACACUGCUGAUGGCUGUGCCCAAAAGGUCAAUGCCUGGAUUUUGGUUUUUAUCAGGACACUUUCAAGCCCAGACACUGAAACCCCUUGCUCAGUCUCUCGAGAGCCCCGAUCAGAGCCUCCGUUGACUCCACAAAUGUUGAAUCUUUAAAAAUAAAAAAUGUUUAUUUUCAGAAAAAUGCUCCGUAGCACAAUAAUAAGCUCAGAAGAGCACAAGGAUCAAAUAAUUUCCUAUGAUAACACGGCAAUCCAGAGGCAAACAAGUCCAAAAUUAUAAAUCCCAAAAAAUAGUCAAAAGAAUACAGCAGAAGGUGCCAAAAGUCCAGAUGUUCACAAUAACAGAAGAACAAUCACAAAUCCAACAAAACACACCACACCACACCACCAAACAAGCGCAUUCGCAAUCAACUGCAAGAGGCUGUGGAUCUCCCUCCAUCUUUACGGGACUGAGGGCAGUCACUUCCUUGACGGUGAUAGGCAGGUUGCCCCGGCUCUUGGUGCACCACCCACAAAACACAAGGGACACAGCAGCAGAUACAAAGGGUCGAAGCCGGGAAAUCAAAAAAAUGAAACCAAAGGCAAAUUGUGGGACAAAAUUCGUAGAGAAACCUGAACAAAAAACUCACAGGAAGAAUAUUAGCAAAGUUUUUUGGUAUCCACAGAUUAGAAUAAGGAAGAGAACCUCAACCCAAUCUUUUAUCCCGUUGCACCAAUUACAACCAGGUCAUGACCUCUGAGGCCACACCCCUAGAAAUGCACAUGGACCGAAUGAUGGGUACUGAAUUGAUGGACCUAAAAUGGCGUCAUAGACGUUAUAAAAAAAUUGAACAAAUAAUGGCAGAAAUUGAGUCCUUGACCUCAAACACAUCCAAUUUAAGCACGAGACAGAACCACGUACCAUCCAAAUGAACCAACAACACAACCAAAUCAUCACACGACAGUAACUUAAAAAAUGAACAACACCGUGACUAAAGAGAAAUGUGAACACCAGUCAGGGGAGGAAUCUUGGCUGAAAUGUAGCAACCCCAUGUAAUUUAUAGUAAUGGCUGAGAACAACUAUUAAUCUCAUGUUUUUGUGGAGAAAGGAUAUCAAUUUUCUGACAGAACAGGACUCAAUGUUGACCAACUCAGGAGAACAGCAAAUAAUGUCAAAAACGGCCAUGAGCAAAAAUCUUUUGUGUAUUGUGUUAUGUCAACUCAUCCAGUUGUAUGCCCACGAUAUAUUUUUUCCUAUUAAAUACCAUUAAAUAAAAACCUCCACAAAAUAAAAGUAGUCCACAAACACGAGAUCAUGCUUUGGAAUUGAAGACAGGACUCUUGACCAAUGAAUGAACAACAACAACAUUUCUUUCUCUAGCACAUUUUCAUACAAAUAAUGUAGCUCAAAGUGCUUUACAUGAUGAAAAAAGACAAAAUAAAUAAGAAUUAUAAUUAACAGAGAAUAAAAGUAAGGUUAGAUGGCCAGGGAGGACAGAAACAAUAAAAAAAACUCCAGACAGCCGGAGAAAAAAAUAAAAUCUGCAGGGGCACCCAGCCCCCUCUAGGCAUUCUACCUGACAUCAAUGACCUCCAUCAGUCCUCAUGGUAUUCAGGGUUCUCAUUGAAGAAUUUGAUGAUGACGGUCAUGUGGACAUCUGGCCUUUAAUCCAUCAUUAAAGGGGAGAGGUGGGUCUAUUCAAAACCACAAUCCUUCCUAUUUACGGACUACUUUCAUUAACCAGAACUAUUUAUUUAACAAUAUUUUGGUAAAAAAUGCAUCAGUUUUACACGUUGUGAGAAUACGAUUGGAUGACGUGAUGUGUGGAUUAUGUAACAAACAUAACGUGAGAGUUUUCAUGGACAUUUUUUAUUGUUUGCUGUUGUCCAGCGUUUGUCUCCAUUGGAUCCCAUUCUAUCUAAAACUUUUUUUUUAUCCCCUUACUUUAUGAAAACGAGAGAUUCAAAAUUUUUCUCAGCCACCACUACAAACUACAUGAGGUAAGUGACACAAAAAAUUUUACAUUUUUGGGUGGAAUAUUCCUUUAAAACCUACGGUUGUUCAAACCCCCUUUGAAAACUCUGUUGUUAGCAAAUGUGCACGUCUACAUCAGGCUUCGGCCUUCAUUAGAGUGAUAAAAUGGAGAACCACACCCAACAAGUGCUUUAAUGUGCAAAAUACAUGUCUGUUUCGUAAUGUAACUAUUUUUACAUUUUGUUUUGUAAUAAACUUUUCCAUCCUGUGAUUUGUGAAAUGCAAUGUCCACCAUUGCAUCUGAGAGAAGCUUCAAGAUGAAUGUUCCCAAUAAACUCCUCAAACCU